AUGCACAUAUGGAAUCCAAGAGAAAUGAGAAAUGAAACGAGGAACAUGUUUGCUAGCCUUCAUGCUUUGCUUCCAGAUCUGCCUUCUAAGGUUGAUAAGUUAACCAUUGUGGAUGCAACAACGAAGGAAAUAAAAAAUUUACAGCUGAUUCUUGAAAAUCUAGAAAUAAAUAAGCAAGAAAAGCUUAAAUCUAUGUUCCCAUUUGUGAGCGAUUCAUCAUCUGUGACAAACUCACCAUUGAUUUCAUAUGAAUCAAGAAAAACUAGCAUAGUUGAUCAAGGAUCCUCUAAUUAUAAUAAUAAAUUUUUUAAUGGUGCAAUUAAAACUUCAAAUGCAGUAUCGUUAUAUGCACCUCCACCGCAACAAGUAGUUUUUCAAACAUGGUCUUCUAAAAAUGUUGUGUUGAACAUUUGUGGGGGCAAAGCACAAUUUUGCAUAUGUGCAAGUAAGAAGUCGAGUCUUUUGACAACAAUUGCUUUUACGUUGGAGAAACAUAUGAUUGAUGUUAUAUCUAUCAACAUUACGCGUAAUGGAAAUGAAAAUUUGUACAUGAUUCUAGUUCAUGCAAGCCAAGGUUUAUACAACAGAAAUUCAAUGGAAAAAACUUGCAAGCGAGCGGUUAGAGAAAUUUUGACGUGGAUAUCUUAA